GAUUGUAUGGGCCGGAUAGGCUUACAUUGAACUAAUCGAAUCUUGGGUUGGCCCGGUUCAUCUCAAAAUAAAAGUUGAGAUUUGAGAGUUCCCGCUGCCGCAACUCAAUUGUGGCGCCAAAAGCCGAGAGUUAGGAAGCAUCUCUAUCUUCUCUGCCCUAGGUCUAAAUAACCUCGUCUGCUUCACCGGGGCUCUUCUGCUGAAUGCUGGAGACAAGGAGACUAUGUUCGGAAGGCUCAGACCAUCUACUUCUUCGUUGGAUAGCUUGGAGAGGCCACCUUCCAAGAUCUUCAAAGACGAUCCUCUCUCCAUCUACGAGGCUACAUUGAUAAAGCUUAAAUUAGGUUCGCAGCGUGAUUUAAGUUCCUCCUUUAAGGAGACAAUGGAGAUGGAAAGUGAUUGCAGUGCUGCAACUGCUUCCAGUUCUAUGGAGUUGGUGAAUCUGGACCCCAUGCUUUGUACCUCUACAAACGUCUCUGAAACUCACCAACGUCUUGUAACAUCUCCUGAUGAAGAGGCAAUGGCAAUUGAUACGAUAAGCUCUUGUGCAAGUAAUCUAUCAAGUCCUAGAGCUUGCCAAUCUACAGGUGAUUCGAAACAGCUACAAAGUCGGAAUAUAUCACUUCUUUACUUGUUUUCGAAAUAUAACACUUCACGCCAUGCAUUAAGCUCAUCAGAUGGAGAGUCGAUGACAGUAGCGAGCCAUUGUUCUACCAGUAGUUCCUCAAGUUCCAGCAACCGCCAGUCAUUUGGCAGCACAAAUAAACAGGUCUGAACACUAAUGCCAUAGUUUUUCUACUGGCUGUCACGUGAGAUUUGUAUCCCAAUUUUUUAAUUCUCUAAAUACUGGAAGUCUUGUCCAUAAAGACAUUUUUAUUUAUUUGUAACCUGAUUGAACUCUUGACUUCGGCUUGAUUUGAUGCUAAUUAUUUCACCGAGUUUAUAA